AUGGAUUUCAACAGCAUUCGUUUUCCGCAGCAGCAAGAUCUUCGCAAUUUUCUUUACACUUCUCAUGGAGAAACCUAUGAUCGAACGCUUCAUUUGAUUGAAGAGAAAACGCGUUUGAAACGGGAACAAAUUUUCUACGGUUUAUUGGGAUUAGUGUUGAUCUAUUUGAUCUUCGGUUCUUUAGCUCAAUUUGUCUGUAAUCUCAUUGGAUUCGCGUAUCCCGCGUACGCUUCGGUUAAGGCAAUUCGAUCCCCAUCAAAAGGAGAUGACACACAAUGGCUAAUCUAUUGGACGGUGUUCGCUUCAUUCUCGAUGCUCGAUUUCUUUACCGAUUCCCUUCUGCACUAUUUCCCAUUUUAUUAUGUAGCAAAGGUUAUUUUCCUUCUCUACUUGUACUUGCCACAAACAAGAGGAGCUCUCUUUUUCUAUUCAUCGAUCAUCGAUCCUGCAAUCACCACCAUUGAUCAAUGGCUGAACUCAAGAAAUAUCACAUCAAUGGAAAACCGAGACUUCAGAAAAACGAAC